AUUUAAGUGAUUUCAGGAUUACAUCGGCCAGUGAAAAGUCUGCGUUUGUUUCUUGGCCGGUAGGAUGGGUUCAACAGCACAGCAGCAGUGAGGGCAGAAGCUCCACAACAACGUCACAGCCCUACGCAACCAUGAGAACCAGCACUUCUUGAUCUCCCAUCUUCCCCUUCACACGGACAAAUUUGCGCACACACACAAACACAUACGCACAGUCACACUCGCAGUCACGCUCUCGCCAUGGGCUCAGUGUACCUGUGGAAGCUGUCUUCUCAGAAGCUGGGCUUCUUCCUGGUGAGCUUUGGGUUCAUAUGGGGAAUGAUGCUGCUGCAUUUCACCAUUCAGCAGCGAGCCACUCAUGAGAGCAGCGCCGUGCUCCGACAGCAGAUCCUCGACCUGAGCAAGCGAUACAUCAAAGCCCUGGCCGAGGAGAACCAAGGUGUCAUGGAUGGGCCCUACGUGGGUACCAUGACUGCCUACGAUCUGAAGAAGACCCUGGCGGUGCUGCUUGAUAAUAUUAUGCUACGACUGGCUAAACUGGAGAAUCGGGUGGAUAAUAUCAUUUAUAAUGGCAGCGGUGGGAACCUGACCAAUGGCACCACUUCCAGCACUGCGGCGCCCAACGUGGCCAACGCCGAGAAAGUCAACGUGGCAGAUCUCCUGAAUGGAGCCCAGGAACGCUGCGAGCUCCCACUGCUGGACGGCUUCCCUCACUGUGAAGGCAAAAUGAAGUGGAUGAAGGACAUGUGGCGUUCUGAUGCCUGCUACAGUAACUACGGUGUUGAUGGAUCUACCUGUUCUUUCUUUAUCUACCUUAGCGAGGUGGAGAACUGGUGCCCCCGCCUCCCAUGGAGAAUCAAAAAUCAGAAGGAGGAUACAGAGAAGGGUCUGAUGGACAUCCGGUCCAGUUUUGACGAGCUGUACCGGGUCAUGUCGAGGCGGGAGGAGUUCCGCUGGAUGAUGCUCCGGAUCAAACGCAUGGAGGAGCCGUGGCUCAGCGCUGUACGCUCACUGGCCACCAAACAGAACCUGAAGAACCGCAAACGCAAGAAGGUGCUUGUUCACCUAGGUUUGCUGACUAAGGAGUCUGGUUUUAAAAUAGCGGAGAAUGCGUUCAGCGGUGGACCACUGGGAGAACUGGUUCAGUGGAGUGAUCUUAUCACCACUCUCUAUCUACUAGGCCAUGACAUACGCAUCUCUGCUUCUCUAGCAGAACUCAAAGAAAUCAUGAGGAAAGUGAUGGGGAAUAAGUCCAGCUGUCCCACUCAGGGUGAUAAAGUGGUGGAGCUCAUCUACAUUGACAUUGUGGGUCUGGCCCAGUUUAAGAAAACCCUGGGACCUUCCUGGGUCCACUACCAGUGCAUGCUGAGGGUGCUGGAUUCCUUUGGUACAGAGCCGGAGUUUAACCAUGCCCACUACGCCCAGUCAAAGGGACACAAAACGCCAUGGGGCAAAUGGAACCUUAACCCACAACAGUUCAACACGAUGUUCCCCCACACUCCAGACAACAGUUUCUUGGGUUUCGUGGUGGAGCAGCACCUGAAUGCCAGUGACAUCAAACACAUUGAUGACAUCAAGAGGCAGAACCAGUCUCUGGUGUACGGGAAAGUGGACAACUUCUGGAAGGAUAAGAAGAAAUACCUGGACAUCAUCCACUCUUACACAGAGGUACAUGGGACGGUCCACGGCACCAGCCUGGUCCAUCUGCCCAGCUACGUCAAAAACCAUGGGAUCCUCAGUGGACGAGACCUGCAGUUUCUGCUUCGAGAGACCAAGCUUUUUGUGGGACUUUCCUUCCCUUAUGAGGGCCCUGCCCCCCUGGAGGCCAUAGCCAAUGGGUGUGCUUUCCUCAACCCAAAGUUCAACCCCCCGAAAAGUAGCAAGAAUACGGAUUUCUUCAAAGGCAAACCCACUCUAAGAGAGUUGACGUCCCAGCACCCCUAUGCUGAGGUGUACAUUGGGAAGCCCCACGUGUGGACAGUGGACAUCAACAAUCCUGAGGAGGUAGAGGGAGCCAUCAAAUCCAUUCUUAGUCAGAAGAUUGAGCCUUACCUGCCCUAUGAGUUCACCUGUGAGGGAAUGUUACAGAGAGUCAAUGCUUUUAUAGAGAACCAGGAUUUCUGUCAUGGUCAGGUGAUGUGGCCUCCUCUGAGUGCGCUGCAGGUGAAGUUUGCGUCUCCAGGUCAGUCGUGUAAACAGGUCUGCCAGGAGGAGCAGCUUAUCUGUGAGCCCUCCUUCUUCCAACACCUCAACAAAGACAAGGACCUGGCCAGGUUUGGAGUGGAGUGUGGUACAGUGGAAUCUGCGAGUGACACAGUGGUUCCUGCUUUCAGUGAGUCCAGCAGACACUGUGUGUUUCAGUCAGACCUACUGUUGUUCAGCUGUGCUGGAUCUCACCCCACACUCAAACGCGUCUGCCCCUGUAGAGACUACAUGAAGGGACAGGUGGCACUCUGCAAAGACUGCUUAUAGCCUCACUUGUCAGUCUGUCACACAUACACACACACACACAC